AUGGGUGAUUUCAAUCGUUUAAACAUUGUUCCACUCCUACAAGGUCAUGGUUUAAAGCAAGUGGUCAAUAAAUCUACCUGUAAUGACGCCAUCCUAGACAAGAUUAUUACAAACCUAGACUCCUUCUAUGCUCCCAUAACUUUGCUCUCGCCUAUCGGACGAAGUGACCACAAUGGAGUCCUUUGGUCGCCAGAUUCUAACCACCUAAAACCUCCAAAUAAGACACAGCGAAAAGUCAUUCGUCCAAUGCGGGAUUCUGAUGUGAGACAAUUUGGCCAGUGGAUAUCUAGCCAUGAUUGGUCCAACGUCCGUGAUGCUGGAAAUGUUGAUGCUAAGUGCAAUGAAUUCUACUCAGAUCUCAAUGCAGCAAUUGAUAGAUUCUUCCCAGCUAAAACAAUCCAAGUUCAUUCGAGAGAUAAGUUAUGGGUUACCCCGAGAAUCAAAGCACUAAUCAAGAAGAGACAGGCUGCCUUUGCAAAAAGGUCUUCUGAUUGGCACCGCCUUAGGAAUAAAGUGCAAAGAGAGAUACGGGAAGCCAAAAAGAAGUAUUACAGAGACAGAGUUCAACGGUUAAAGAAGCAGAAUCCUCGAGCUUGGUAUCAGUUCAUCAAGCUCCAGACGUCCACCUCUGCACCCAGUAUCACGCUCGAUAUUCCUGGGUUAGAGCCUUCGGACCAUCAAGGGAUUGCUAACGCGAUCAACGAUCAUUUCGUUAACAUUUCCAUUGAUAUCCCAAGGCUUGAUAGAGACUCUCUUCCAACAUGCUUUCCAUGCCGUCCACAAGACUUUCCUUCGGUCCAACCAUGGAAUAUCUACAAGUACCUCAAGAAAGUUAAACCUGGAAAGAGUUGUGGACCAGACGGAAUUUCCACCAAGCUUAUCCAAGAGUUUGCCGUUGAAUUUAGUGUACCAAUUACAUACAUUGUCAAUGCUUCGCUUCAAGAAGGGACAGUUCCACGUCAGUGGAAAAGGUCUAUCGUUGUACCAAUACCGAAGGAAUCGCCUGCAAACGAACUGACAAAGCUUCGCCCGAUUUCCCUGACGGAUCACUUCUCAAAGCUUGUCGAGCUGGUAGUUUAUCGUUUGGCUCUCGGUGAUAUUGCUCAUAACAUUGACAGUCAACAGUUCGGAAGCAGAAGCAACAUGUCAACAGCGCAUUACCCUGUUAAUCUCAUGGAGUAUGUUCACGCAACGCGGACAAGCUCGGUAACAUCACGACACUUGUGUUCACGGACUUCACCAAAGCGUUCGAUCUUGUCCAACACAACGUGGCAAUUGACAGACUGCAUUGCAUGGGUGUUCGUCCGUCGCUGA